CUGAAACCGCUGCUGCUGCCCUUUUCUUUCAAGAGUCCCAGAUCUUCAAAGAUUCGUGUCCUCUCACACUCCUGUAUCGGAUUUUCGAACACGGUCCUCGGGAGUUUUUGGACGGUCAUUCUGUCAUCCAAACGACGGAUGGAGCGCCUUCUCUGUGGCUACUUGUUCUUGUUGUUGCUGGCUAGCUCUCUGGCGAGAGGCGAGGACAAGCCCCACUUCCACUUCUCCUAUGGAGGCAUCAAGACGCAUCUCGCUCUUUCGACGCUGGUAUACCAUUAUGGGAAGCUUCUGGAACCCCCCGACAUCCAUUUCUCUACAGCCGGGAAUGAGACGAUUGUGACCGAUAGCGUCGGGGUAGGCAGCCUCACAAUGGCGCUAUGUGUGGCAACGUGUGCUUUCUUUUCAUCCUCAGAUGCCAGAGUCAACGCCUCAAGACAGCAGAUAUAAUAUUCUUGAAGCAGCGCGCUACCUCAAGGAUACAUUCCCCCAGGGCAGAGUCACUUGGUACGCGUGAAGAUGAGUUAUGGCUGCGUUUCACCAUCUCAUUAUUACGUUACAUCUCAUGAGUUGCGCCUGCUCUUAGGUUUCGGGACCUCCGCAGGACUGACCUCCAGGUCGGCCUCACCAUAAGCGCUAAGUCUUCAGCGAUGGCCGUUGUUUUCCGCGGGACAGAAACGUGGUUUGACUGGGCCGUCGAUCUCAAGUGCGCGAAGCACAGCUGAACAAAGGAGUAUGAAUAAGCAUCAAACACUGCCUUUUCUUCUUCCUGUGUCUACAGGAUCUCGAAAAAGGCGCUCCCUGGUGAUGUCGACAGUGUGUACGUGCACGAGGGCUUCUUCUGGAAGCUUUUCAGCAAAGGAGACGACGGCCAAAGUGUCUAUGACCUGAUUCUUCGAGCGGUCCGGGAGGAACUAAAGAAGCAUCAAUACGAAUACAUCUAUGUGACCGGCCACAGUCUUGGUGGAGCGCUUGCGACCCUCUGUGGCUACCAAUUGGCGAAAGACCUGCCGGAUCGCCAGAUUUGGGUGGUUUCGUUUGCGAGCCCCCGAGUCGGCAACCAAGCAUGGAAAGAUGCCUUCCACAUGACGCCCAACCUAGAGCAUGUCCGAGUGGCUGUUCAUGGUGAUCCGGUAACUUCAGGGCCACUGAUCCGGUACAAGCAUGUGGGCGAUGUCAUCAAGCUGUAUGAGGACAAGGUGCUCUUCUUCCAGAAGCAUGAGGACAGCAUGACGAGAUUUUGGUGGUUCAAUGUGAAGUGGAACUUUGAAGGGGCAAAGAGGGACCACUCGCUGGCCCAAUAUUGGGCGAAUCUCGGCAACAACUGGUGGUCGUAUCACUCGAGACAAGUUGAGACGUGUGUGGUAGAAGGGGAGCUGUGAUGAAACGGAAGCAUUGCAAGGAAUGAGUGCCAGUGAUGGGCUUAUUUUUCUAACAGGGAGCCGACUGGGAGCCGCCCAUAUAUAUACAGGCUUCUUCUUUUUCUGGUGAGAGCAGAGCGCUGUGCUGUGCAUCUGUUGUGUCGGCGGGCAUGGUGUGUUGGCCCGUCUCUCUUAUUUAUGAAAUGACAUACGGCAUCGUUUUAUGCAUAGAUGUGUUUGCUGUCAAUCACAAUGCAUGGCCAUCUAUCGCACGUGUGUGGUUCACGAAAAGGGUGUGCUUGCGUGAUGGACAAUGUGUAUGUGCUUUUAUGUGUGAUCUUUCUUACGUGUACGGAUGGCCUCCUCUUUUUAUACAUGUGCCUGCUGUACGCCUUCCUUUCUUUUUACGCAUGGUCGCCCGCUGUUCAUGAGAAGACACGAAGAUAUGGUACGAAAACACUGCGACUGAGAAGUUCAUGUAUACAAAGCGUUGACGGCGAGUCGAGUGAGUGGAUGUAGGAAAUGGAUAAAUAUAGGCAUAACCAUCUAUCCUCAUGUUCUUAAUUAGCGUACCUCACCAAUCUACACAUACG